AUGCCGUCGUCUCCUCCAACUGUGGUGGCUGCCAGCAUGAUUUCCGUCGAAGCCUCAUUCUACCCCUAUCUGGGUCUCCUUCUCCUCCUGGGCAGCAGCUGCGUGGCGCUCGCGCAGUUCUUGAAACCGGCCGACUUGAAAUGGUCGCUCGGCACGAAGAGAGUGGCCAUGCCGCCGGGACCGCCGGGCGUUCCGGUGCUGGGAAACCUGCCACAGAUGAUGAGAGCCCGUCGCGGCGCCCUGUCGUUCAACAAGUGGCUGGCGUCCCUGAUCCCGUACGGCGACAUGGUGACGCUGCACAUGGGCUCGAGGACGUGGGUCGUGCUCAACUCGGACCGCGUCGUGUCGGAACUCAUAGCCAAGAGAGGCAAGAUCACCAACGAGAGACCGCACAUGCCCGUGGCCAGCGAUCUCGUGAGCAACGGGAAGCGCACGGUGAUCCGGCAGGAGGAAGAAUGGCGAGAGGGACGCCGCGUGAUGCACCAGCUGCUCAGCGGGUCGAACCUCAAGGUCUAUGCCGGCAUGCAGGAGCUCGAGAGCGUGGACAUGCUGCGGCGGUAUCUUCGGAGCCCGACACGUGGUUCGCGCACAACUACCGCUACGCCACGUCCGUGCUGUACAGGGUCGUCAUGGGCUACCCCCUGA